AUGACGGCCAUCGGUUUGGUCACCUUGAUCAGAGCUGAUAUUGAGAAGAACGACCCGAACAAACAAGACAUCUUGGAUCGUACCCGUUUGGAAUUCAAUACUAUCACGAGCAAUGAUGAAGAUAUUCCCCAAACCGAAGAUAUUCCGAUGCAAAUCCCCACGGAUGUUAUUGAGGGCGAUGAUUCAUCGUCCACAACCAGCAGCAUCAAUUCCUAUCGAUUCCAUUGCGAUCGAGAUGCCAUUUCAACGUCAGUGACUCUCUUUACCAAUAACAGAGCGGGUGUGGAGAGAGUGUUCAAAUUGACAAAGAUGAUCUCUUCACCGACCUCCAACAAGAUACAAAUCCAAUUAACAGGACUUUCUCGACAUGUGGAUUUAUCAAGCAUUUCUGUGAGUGCAGUGAUUCCACCAGUGAAUGCCCCAGAUUCAAAAGAUGGCUCAAAUGCUGUCAAUACCAUCGUUCCACUCUUUCUUAGAGACACACAAUUUGAGCAAGAGGCCUAUUCGAAUUCAAAUACAGUGAAAACUCAAAAGGAGGUAUUGCAAGAGGAGUUGAAGCCAAUCGACUCAAAACUAUCAGACGUGGAACGACUAAAGAAUAUCAUUUUACCACAAGUGAAUGGCAAGUUUGAAAAGAAAGAAUUUGAAGAGAAAAUGCAAGCUUUGAAUCAAUUAGAAGAAAUUGUCACAGGCCUCUCAAAACGAAAGAACGAAAUUUUGAAAAAGAUGGAACAACUGGACGAUCAGCAAAAGUCAGAGAGCCAUCUUCCAUACAUUUUCACUUUUAGCACAGCUCUUCCAAAGAAUAUCACCACGGAGACAGCAGAGAUUAUUGUGAAAUAUAUUGUUGGCAAGGAUAACGGUAUGGAUAACGAAGUGACGACGAUGCAUUACGUUCAACCACUCGUGAGUUGGACGCCCUAUUACUCUCUUUAUAUCGACAGCAAGAGACAAACGGGUCGUCUUAUUUUCAUGGCAGAUCUCCAACAGUACACUGGAGAGAAUUGGACUAAUGCCCAAAUUAUUCUCAACACCGAUGCUUUGACAAUGGCACCUUCUCUUCCAGAAGUUAGGGAUUUGUUAUUGAGUGACAUUGGAAUUAAUCUGGACGAGCCCAGUGAACCACUUUACUCGUUUAAAUCUUUUGCACCAAUGAGCCGAAUGGCCAAUACCAUGAAUCAAGCCCAAGAUAGUUCUGUACAGAGUGAGGUGGCUGCUGGUCAAGUCAAUUUUGGCCAAUUUCAAAAUGUGGCACUUGUCAAACACAAUCCUCUCCUCUCUAACUCGUUUAUGUAUUUCAUUCGUGAACGCUUGACACUGUUGUCGCCGAGUGUUCCAAGUGAGGAGGAGAGAAACAAGAUGACCACCGAAUCAGGAAAAAGCAGCAUGGUCAAAAGGUUCUUAUUGGACAAGUUAUGCUCGCUGCCAAAUGGUUCUACAAGAUGGUCUCUGUAUCAGUUAUUGAGCAGAGUUCAAACCAGGACUUUUCUGGAUGGUUCCAAAAAAACCAAGAUGGUCAACGAACUUUUCACAGUUCUUGUUGAGAAUAAGAAGGACGUUCCAAUUAACAUCACUGUGAUGGAUGCCUUGCCUAAAAUUAUGAAUCGACACAAGGACAGAAAUUUGAAAGUACUUCUCACACAACCUAAACUCGAUGGAAAACCUGAAACUGAUCUCUUUGACCUCUAUGACAUGUUAACAUCUAACCCCAAGAGCAAGGAGUCGGCAAAAUCUCAAUCAUCCCCUGAUUCUUUGUAUCUGGCCUUUAAAGAUAGUGAUGACGAAAACAUGGUUGUGAAAAUUAAGAAAUUGAAUCGUGUGAUGGAGCGACAAUUCAUUCUUCAACCACAUCAACAAAAGACCCUCUCCUUGGAAUUUAUUGUUUCGUACACGGGAUAA